GUGUGUGUGGGAAGGGUUUGGCGGCCGGACCGGAAGUGCCGCGGCCAGACCGGAAGUGCUGCGGCUCGGCUCUCGGCGCGAGCGGAGGAAGGCGAGAAAGAAAGGAGAAGAGAAGAGGAGAGAGAGAGAGAGAAAGGAAGGAAGGAAGGAGGGAAGGAGCGAGCGGAGGGAGGGAUGGACGGGCCGCCCGAGGUGACGGAGAUGUAUGACCAGGCGCUGCUCGGGAUCCUGCAGCACGCGGGCCGCGUGGAGAACUUUCUCGAAGCCAUGUUCGGCUUCUUGUACCGCAAGACCGACUUCUACCGCCUCCAACUGCUGAGGGAGGACCGCCUGGGCUUCCCCCCGGGGGGGGCGGCCAGGAUAGCCCUGCAGGCUUUCAAGAAGUACGAACAUUACGCGAUCCAGGACCACGAGAGGCGCAUGAAGGAUCUGGAGGAGAAACUGAAGAAGAAGACGAAGAUGGAGGAAGAGAGGACGAGCGUCCCGCCCUCCAUCCAGGAGGUGGAGGUGGGCUCCACGGGCGAGGAGACCCCCGGAGCCGCGGCGGCGGAGGCGGCAGGGGAGGAGACGGUGGGAGCGUCUGCGCAGCCAGCCGUCAGCAGCGACAUCCCCGCUGAGCAGCCAGGGGGCGCCACUGCCUUAGACGUCAAACAGGAGCCCACUGAGCCUCCAGAGAAGCUCAGUGUUACUCAGGAGAACGCUGACAGCUACAAUGGGGCUGUGAGAGACACUUACACCUGGUCCCAGGAUUACACUGACCUGGAAGUCAAAGUGCCCGUGUCGAAGUCCACAGUGAAAGGCAAACAGGUGUCCGUAGACAUCCAGAACAGUUACUUGCGUGUGGCCGUGUUUGAAGGAGCGAGCGAGCGGGUGCUCAUGGACGGGAAGCUCACCCACAAGGUCAACACAGAAAACUCUUUGUGGAGCUUGGAGCCGGGCAAAUGCAUCUCGAUCAGCCUGAACAAGAACGGCGAGUACUGGUGGAAUGCCAUCCUGGAAGGUGAGGACACGAUCGACAUUGAGAAGAUUAACAAGGAGAGAUCGAUGGCCACGGUGGACGAGGAGGAACACGCUGUCCUGGACAGGCUGACCUUUGACUACCACCAGAAGAUGCAGGGGAAACCACAGAGCCACGAAAUGAAAGUGCACGAGAUGCUGAAGAAAGGCUGGGAUGCCGAAGGAUCUCCGUUUAAGGGGCAGAAAUUUGAUCCGACCAUGUUCAAUAUUUCUCCCGGAGCCGUGCAGUUCUGAUCACCAACCGCAAGAGCUAUUGACGCCUCUCGCCUUCCGUCCAGCACCCCCGCAGACCAGCGGAGAUUAGCGAUCGACAUCUUCCCUCCGGUUCGCGAGAGACUUUCUCUGAACUUCACCAGGUCACUCACUACACAUCAGCCCUCAGUUCUUGUGAAUUUAUUUAUUGUCUUAAUUUCUGUUCACCUUUCUUUAUUUCUUUUCCAUUGGGCAAGUUUCCUUACUCCGCGCACACACACACACACACCCAUACCUGUUUCCCUAGCAGUAAGUAGGAACCCGGUGGAUAGUCGAUUGACACAUCGCUUUUCCAGGGGCAACAAUCCCUUCAAAAAUAAUAAUAAUUUGAUCACUGGAUCCACGACUGUCUGUGGGACACUGCUGUGUGCAAUUGAUUGUCUAUGAAACAUACAGUCAAUUUGCUUUACAGUAUAUAUCCUGUGAAGCGCUUUGAGGAGUCUCGAAGAUGUGAUAAGGCGCUCUAUCAAAUGUAAGUAUUAUUAUUAUUAUUAUUACAUGUUUAUUCUCCUCAGAUUUACCUGAAUUAAACCUGAUUUCUCAAAAGUGUGUGGAAUGCUUUUGUGUUCAUUGUCAGAAUAAAGUGUUUCUCUCACUGUCAGUGCGCUCGCUCGCUCGCUCACUGUCACUCACUCACUCACUCACGCAGUGUCUGAAAGCUCUGAGAUUUAAACAGCUUUGCCGUUAUUAUACAAUAAAAGGAUUUGUCUGAG